GAGAAGAGGCCAAUAGAUAUGGGUUUUGUCCAGGGGUCUCUGGCUUUAAAGCUCUCUGCAACCACUUGAGCUCAUUUUCCCGGUGACUUGGCUGGGUGCAACUUCUUUCUCUGCCCAAGCUGUUAAAAAUCUAAAACUUUACCCUUCGGAAUUCUUUCAGUUGCGUGACAGAUACAACCUAUCCCUUAGCAAAAAUGGAAGCUAUCAAGAAAAAGAUGCAGAUGUUGAAGUUAGACAAGGAGAAUGCCAUUGACAGAGCAGAGCAGGCUGAAACAGAUAAGAAGGCAGCUGAGGACAAAUGCAAACAGGUAGAGGAUGAGCUGGUAGCUCUGCAGAAGAAGCUGAAAGGAACUGAAGAUGAGCUGGACAAGUACUCGGAGGCUCUCAAAGACGCCCAGGAAAAGCUAGAGCAGGCUGAAAAGAAGGCCACUGAUGCCGAGGGCGAGGUGGCAGCGCUGAACAGACGGAUCCAGCUAGUGGAAGAGGAGCUGGAUCGUGCCCAAGAACGGCUGGCCACGGCCUUGCAGAAACUGGAGGAGGCUGAGAAAGCAGCGGAUGAGAGCGAGAGAGGAAUGAAGGUUAUUGAGAACAGAGCAAUGAAAGAUGAAGAGAAAAUGGAAAUUCAGGAAAUGCAGCUGAAGGAGGCCAAGCACAUUGCUGAAGAAGCUGACCGCAAGUAUGAAGAGGUCGCCCGUAAACUGGUUAUUUUGGAGGGUGAACUGGAACGAGCUGAAGAGCGUGCAGAGGUGUCCGAAGUUAAAUGUAGCGACCUUGAAGAGGAGUUGAAGAACGUCACCAAUAACCUGAAGUCUUUGGAAGCUCAGUCGGAAAAGUACUCGGAAAAAGAAGAUAAAUACGAAGAAGAAAUCAAGAUUCUCUCUGACAAGCUCAAAGAAGCUGAAACGCGUGCUGAAUUUGCAGAGAGAACAGUUGCCAAACUGGAAAAGUCUAUUGAUGACCUGGAAGACGAGCUGUACGCUCAGAAGCUGAAGUACAAAGCCAUCAGCGAGGAGCUUGACCAUGCUCUCAAUGACAUGACCUCGCUGUGAGCGCGCCUGCGCGGGGCCGCUCCACCUCGCUCCGUUCUUACGCUUUUCUUGCCUGCAAUCCCUGUCGCUCUUGCGCAGCUUCCACAAGCGAUCCUUCCGCCUCCUCUGUAAGAACUGAGCUCAAUAAAAACAACGUUCCUCUACCUUUCA